UUCUAUCCCCUCCAACAAAACUAUAGAUCCAUUAAAGAACGCUGUUAUUCUUAUACACUUCUUACAACACAAUUCCUGAUCAUACAAAUAAACAAGACAAUUAUUUAGCUUCACCUUAAUGGCAGAGAUUGCUUUAGGCUUGGUUGUAGACCACCUAAUUCCAAUCCUGUUUCAAGAAGCAAGCUUGCAGAAAAGUGUUCAUUCAGAAGUUUCAGAGAUCAAAUAUGAACUCCAGAUCAUCCAAUGUUUCCUCAAGGAUGCAGAUUGGAGGGCGGAAAACGAAGGAGACACAACAAGAGAUGGUGUUAAAGUAUGGGUGGAACAAGUGAGAGAAGUGUCAUUUCAAAUAGAAGAUGUCAUUGAUGAAUACACUCUUCACUUGGUACAAUUGCCCUGUCAUCAUCACCGCCAUGGUCGUGUAGUUGGAUCCCUCCAUAAGAUUGGCCGUUCCGUCAUCAAAGUAAAACUGCGCUCUGAUAUUGUCUCUCACAUACAAAAUAUCAAAGCAACGGUUCUUGAAAUCAAAGAAAGAAGUGCAAGGUAUGGCUUCGAUUCCAUACACCACCAAGGAAAUUGGGAUAGUCAUACAUGGUAUGACCCUAGAAAGGGUACAGUUUUCCUAGAGGAAGCUGAAGUAGUUGGUAUUGAAUCUCAUGGAGAUAAAUUGAUAGGUUGGUUGAUGGAUAAAUCACGGGAACGCAGUGUUGUUGCAGUGGUCGGGAUGGGGGGCGUAGGCAAGACCACUCUUGCCAAACGUGUUUAUGAUCAAGUGAUAGGAAAUUUUGAUUGUCAUGCAUGGAUCACAGUCUCUGAAUCAUACAACAAGAUGGAGCUCUUGGAGAAGCUGAUGGACAAAUUCUGCCUACCACCCUGCAUGGGGUCCAAUCGUACGGCAAUGGAAGAAACAGAGAGGGAGAAAUUGAUGAUAAACAGCAUAAGGAAAUUUUUGAAGAAGAAAAUGUACGUUGUUCUUUUUGAUGAUGUUUGGAAAGUAGAAUUCUGGAGUGAUAUAGAACAUGCUUUAUUUGAUAAUAAAAAAGGUGGAAGGAUAGUGAUCACAACACGAAGGCAGGACGUUGCGGAUUUUUGCAAAAAAUCAUCAUUUGUCCAUGUCUAUAUGAUGAAACCUUUGAAUCUGCGAUAUUCUUGGCGGCUCUUUUGCAACAAGGCUUUCCAAUUUGAAUUUGGAGGGCGUUGUCCUGUUGAGUUGAAGAAUUUUUCGCAUAAAAUUGUUCAACGGUGCAAAGGGUUACCGCUUGCUAUUGUAGCCAUAGCUGGUCUCUUAUCAACUAAAGAGAAGACAGUUGAUGAAUGGCGAAAAUUGCAUGACAACCUUAGUUCCGAGUUGGAAAGUAAUCCUCAUCUUACAGGUAUAACAAGAAUCUUAUCUUUAAGUUAUAAUGAUUUGCCUUAUUACCUCAAAUCUUGUUUCUUGUACCUUGGAAUGUAUCCAGAGGAUUACGAAAUCAAUUGUUCACGGUUAAUUCGUCAAUGGAUAUCCGAGGGUUUCAUAGCAUCUAAGAAAGACAGGACACUGGAAUUAGUUGCACAAGAAUACUUGACUGAGCUUGUGAAUAGAAGUUUGGUUCAAGUAUCAAAAGUCAGCUUUGGUGGAAAGGUUAAAGAAUGUUGCAUCCACGAUCUUCUGCGUGAGAUGAGUGCUACAAAAAUGAGAGAUUUACAUUUUGGUUGUCCAUGGCAACCUUAUGAGUCUGAGCCUACACGACUAACUCGACGUUUGUCGAUUGACGACGCACACUAUGUUCUCUCAACGAUGCGAUGUAGAAUUAAAAGUCGUCACAUUCGAAGUUUGCUAAUUUUCAACAAAGAUGGGAUACGUACAAUUUUUUUGGAGACAACAUUUAGUGCAACUUUUAAGCUCCUAAAAGUACUGGAUUUCGAAGGUGCUUCAGAUGUGAAUGAUCUUCCUAAAGAUAUUGGAAACUUAUUUCACUUGAAAUAUUUAAGUGUGGCUGGCACAAAGGUAAAGGUGCUUCCAAAGUCCAUAGGAAAUUUGGUGAAACUGGAGACAUUGGAUCUACAACACUCAUCGGUACGUGAAUUACCGGUUGAGAUCAAUCGCCUUCAAAAGUUGCGGCAUCUUUUAUCAUCCCAUGUUCAAAUCACAUUGUAUAAUAGUUUUGUUUUGAAUGGAGUGAAAUUACAACAAGGGUUUGGAAGCUUAGCAGCCUUGCAAAAGUUAUACUAUGUCGAACCGAACGAUAAGCUUGGUGUUGAUGAGCUAAUGGCAGAGCUUAGAAAGUUGACACAGUUGAAGAAGUUGGGCAUUGUAAAUCUAAAAAUCAGAGAUGGAGGUAGAAGUCUAUGUGAGUGUAUCAACGAGAUGAAACACCUUGAAUCUCUUCGAGUCUCGUCGGUGAUUAUCAAUGAAAUGGUAUUUGAUUUGGAUAACUUAUCAUCACCACCUGAAUUUCUUCGGAGUCUCUACUUUAGAGGGCGUUUAAGGAAGUUGCCUGAAUGGAUCACAAAACUUCGAAAUCUUGCCAAGUUAGAAAUUCGAGGUUCAGGACUGAAAGACGACCCUAUAAAAUUGUUGCAAAAUCUUCACAACUUGGUGAUGCUUAAAAUGGCUGAAUGUGCAUAUGAUGGUGAGAAACUACACUUCAAGCAAGGAGUGUUUCCAAAACUCAAGUAUGUCUAUCUCCAGACCAUGGCUCAGUUGAAUUCAUUGGUAAUCGAGGAAGGAGCCAUGCCUAAUCUUGAACAGCUCUUCAUUUGGUUCUGCCAAAGACUCAAGGAGGUUCCCUUUGGUAUCAAACAUUUAAGAAACCUUAAAAAGCUUUGUUUUUUCAAUAUUCCGCCAGAAUUGGAAAAAGGGUUGCAACCUGAAGGAAAAUAUUACCAUGUCGUUCGACAUGUCCCGGAAGUGGUUUUCCAGAUUAAAUGAUGAUUAAAUUUGGUUCAGUUGCAGAAACGUUGAGUGAUAGACAAUAUUGAAGAACUGCCAGGCUUGUUACCAAUCAAAGAUAUAAACAUGUAUGAGCAAGCAGUUUUGGGGAAAAAUUCAAUGCUAUAUAUUGAAUUGUUUAAUUUCAAAGGGCACCAAGAUAGGAGUUUGUAUAUUAAUUCUUGGAGAGCUUUGAUUUGUUUCUUUAGUACAGUAUGGUACUUGUUGGAAUAUAAGUCUGAGUCAGCUGAUGAGCUGGCAAUGCUCUUGUAUUCAUUAAACCGGCUUUUAUUAGUUGGUUGUUAGAAAAAGGGGUAGGAUAAGAAGCUUGUUAGAAAAGCUGCCUUACUCAAUGUAAAUUUGCGUGGAAGAUUCUUAGAAAACACAGAUUUCUUUUUCUCUCUCUCUUUCUCUUUCUUUCUCUCUUUCUCUCUUUCUCUAGAGCUAGUAUUUUCUUGCCCUUUCUUGCUUCUCUAAUUGUACUGGUAAUGGUUUUGAUAUUUAUUCAUUGAAAGGCUAAGAGAAGAAAGGGAUUGAUAUAUAAAUGACACUUUUAGCUGUUUCAUGUAA